AUGCCCAAUGGCAACGACUACAAACGGUUGCAGGACCUCCUCAUACAGGUCGGCAAUGGUAUAUUCGCUCGCACCGGCACUACGUUCGACGCCCGUUACGAUAAACUGGCCAAGCAUCUCUACCAGAGUGAGCUGCAACAGCUGGACUUUGUCGAGAACGAAAUGGCCGCCGUGCGUUACAUCAACAACUGGGUGCACAAUCAAACGCACGGUCGCAUCGCCGACAUCGUGUCGCACAUCAGCGCCGACACGAUCCUGAUGAUUGUGAACACGCUGUACUUCCGGGGUCUGUGGGAGGAACCGUUCCAGCCGAUGGGCACACGCAACAGGCGCUUCUUCCCGAAUGGUCCCGACGGACCGGACUCCUUCGACACGCCAAUGAUGGCCAAAAGCCACUGUAUGCCGUACUACUUCUGGCAGGAGGAGAAUGUCCGCGUGGUCGGUGUGCCGUACCGUAAGAACGUGACCAUGUACGUCUUUCUGCCGGUGAACUCAACCCGCGAGCUGCUCCAGUCGCUGCAGACGAAGCUGUCCGCUGGCGUGAUCAACGACAUUGUGAAGAAAAUGAAGAUGAAAUCUGUCACGCUGCUGCUUCCUAAGAUGCACGUGUCCAACUCGGUCAGUCUCAAGAGCGUGCUGCAGCAGCUUGGCGUUUACACGCUGUUCGACAGUCAAGAGGCUGAUCUGUACCGGCUUCUCACCGGGAUGGUUAACGAACGGUUUGAUGAAGAAACGAUCGAGGAUCACUUCGACGUCUUGCAGGAUACGCAGGAAAACGCGGAACGCUUGCUGAAGAAGCGAAUUCCUGACUGUGCCAUCAUCGUGCGCCAGGGCAUUGGCCGUGGGGAUUGCCUAAAGGCGAACUGUGCUUACGGAGGCAAGGCGUGUGUGUGUUGCGCCGAGGUUGACAACGAUUUCCGGCGGCGCCGCCGACGCCAGGCGACAAAGGACAUGGAACCGACGAAGAGGAUCUUUGUUAACGAAAUGCUGCACAAAGUGGACCUGACGGUGAACGAGGUCGGUACGGAAGGAGGCGCAGCAACGGCGACGCUGAUCGAUCGCAUCUCAUCGCAGAUCAACAUGAUCGUUAAUGGGCCAUUCCUCAUGGUGAUUAGGGAAGAAACGACUCAGUUGCCGCUGUUCUACGGCAACAUCUACAGUCCGAAAUAA